AUGGAGCAGCUUCGAGCAGUUAUGCAAGAGACGAUCAGGGCCUUCGUCGAAAACAACACGGCUGCAGUCAGGAAGAAGGACGUCUCCCUGCUCUCGUCCGUCCUCUCCGACGACUGCGUGAAGAUGUACCGGCCGCUCUCGUUCGUCAACAAAUACCCGCAGUUCUUCAGGGCCCAGACCACGAACGCGGAAUACGAGGCGCAGACGAAGAUGAAGUUGUCAACCAUGACAGAUGUGGAACAGAACGUCACCCGCACUGUUAUCGAUGCGCACCAGCGCGUGGCCAACGUGUGGAUCGAGAAGAUUGUGCACCUGGUCGAUGGAUCCAGUAGCUCUGUUGAGGUUAUAUAUGACCUGGAGUUCACACAAGAUGGGAAGCAAAUCUCUCAGUACACUGAAACGCUUGAAGAACAUGUUGGGGAGACAAUACCACGAUACGCUAUCCUGUCCCAUACCUGGGGACCGGAUGAGGUUGCAUAUCACGACCUAGCCAGCCGGGAGCCGCGCGAGUACAAAUCAAAAGAGAGCUGGUGGAAGCUGGAAAGAUCAUGCCAGCAGGCUCUAGAAGACGGCUGGGAAUACCUCUGGGCCGACACCGUCUGCAUAGACAAGUCCUCCUCGGCGGAGCUCUCCGAGGCCAUCAACUCGAUGUUCAAGUGGUACCGAAAUGCAGAGGUCUGCUACGCCUUCCUGUCCGACCUAGACGACCCCGAUGGUAACGCAGAAGGGUUAGAAAAGUGCCGCUGGUUUACACGUGGCUGGACGCUCCAAGAGAUGAUCGCUGCUGAGGAUGUCCGGUUUUACGACAAGAACUGGGUCUCCCAGGGCUCCAAGGCCUCUCUUCUCCACAGGAUUUACUCCAUCACCGGUGUCGAUACGAAAGCGCUUCGGGGCGGAAACCUGCGCUUCUUCAGCGUGGCGCGCAAGAUGUCCUGGGCCUCGAACCGGAAGACGACCCGCAAAGAGGACAUGGCAUACUGUUUGUUGGGUAUCUUCGACAUUUCUAUGCCGCUGCUCUACGGAGAGGGCUCGAAGGCGUUUAUCCGCCUGCAGGAAGAAAUCGUCAAAGCGUACGAUGACGAGUCCCUUUUUGCGUGGGCCAGCACGACUAUCAGCGAGACUUCUGGCCUGCUGGCCCCGUCGCCUGCCGCCUUCGCCUCGUCGGGCGAUGUCGCGCCGUGCCUGACCCCAGAUGGCGCGCACGGUAUGAGCGGGCCCAUCACCAUCACGAGCCGUGGGGUGCGGUUAAAGGUGCCGAUUGAGGAGUACACGUCCUCGGAGGGACGGAAUUUGUACCUUUUCCGGCUCAACUGCAAGAGGGUCAACUUUGACCGGGAAAGCGGCAUACGCAUGGGCAUAAUCGUGUCGCCCGUCAUGAAGAUUCAAGGGUACGACUCGGACAUCUCGAGGUACACGCGCGUCUACCCGGACCGGCUCGAGAGCUUCCAGCCAAAGCCGGACGUCAGCCCCCGCAGGAUCUACCUACUCAAGGAAAAUAGACUACAGGACUUCGACCUCGGGUCGUACGAUGUUUUUCUGAUUCGGACGAUGCCUGAGUGGCCCUCGGGGUGCGAAUUCCAACUGCUGAGUGCUCUCCCGUCCGACUGUUGGGACAGCCGCAACGAAACCUUCAAAAGACGGACAGCUGGCCCAAUCGCAGACAAGCCACCAUUCGUCCUGAUAUUCCGGAGGGGUGACUCGACCAGCGGUCUUUUGGGCUAUUUUAUCGUGGCCAUGGGUAGGACCCUAAGCGCCUCACACGUCCAGAACGGCUUCAACGGCGGUUCUUUCUGGUGUAAUGCCCGCUACUGCCAAACAAAUGGCGACUUGGAUGUUGAAGCGGAAAUGCGGAUACUGAACGAGGACCAGAGCCAGAAGACUGUGUUCGCUGAAGGAGCGGGGGUGACUCUGAAGUGUCUAGUGAGACCGGAGGUGAUGUCGGAGCAACAGCUAUUCUUUGUAGAUUUGUUGGUUAAAGCGUCAGUGUUUAGUCCCAUGAUAUGA